AUGUCAGAUCCUGAUGACGAUAUCCCGCGACUGCCGGCCGAUACAUUAGCCAUUUUGCAACAGUUUCAAGAGGAGCAGCGAAAAAUUGCUGAAGGCGUUGUCGAUGUUGUCACGGAAGAUUGGCAGCUAAGUCAGUUUUGGUAUGCCCCGGAAACAGCCCGGCAGCUUUGUCGCGAACUUGUUGAUGCCACUGGAGGAAAUGGUCAUAUUGCAUGUAUAUCCUGCCCUACUUUGAUGCAGUACUUUCCUGAAAUUGAUGACUAUGAAAAGGGUAAAGUUGCAAUCAGAUUGCUUGAAUAUGAUCAUCGUUUCGAGAAGAAAUUCCCUCUGGAAUAUGUACCAUGUGACUACAGACAUCCUUUGGCUAUCCCCGAGGAAUUGAAAGGUGUCUUCGACGUUGUUAUUGCCGAUCCCCCUUUUCUUGCUGAUGAGUGCUUGGUGAAAACUGCGCAGACCGUGCGUUUGCUUGCGAAACCAAAUGCGAAAAUUCUUCUGUGCACUGGAGCUAUCAUGGAAGAGAUGGCGGACCGUUUGCUUGGGCUUCAUCGAUUGAAAUUUGAACCUCAGCAUGCUAAUAACCUUUCCAAUGAAUUUUCUUGUUUUGCUAACUACGAUACGAAAUACUUAUGAUCUUUGCGAGAUACUGCCGCAUUAGUUUUGCACUAUCUACAGCGAUGUGUAUAUACCCGGUUUUCUGCUCAGGUAACGUUCAAAGCCUUCACAGAGGUCAUGAAAUUUCUUUGCAAAAGUUGUUAUAUUUUGUUGAUUUUGUCCAAUAAAAGAAUUUUCAA